AUGCCUCUCAAUGCGCAAGGUCGACUCGAAGCCCUGGAGGCGCUGCUAGAAGCGGCGAAGGAAGACAACGAAGUGUGCCAGCGGCACCUGCCGGGCGCGGUGCGCGCGGCGCUGCGCGGGGCGCCGCGCGCGCUGGGCGCCGCCGCCGCGCUGCUCGCCGACCGCCUGCCGCUGUUCGCGCCGGCGCCGCUGGCCGCGCUGCGGCGGGCCGCCGCGGCCACGCUGCUGCGCCGCGCGCGGCCGCCGACCGUGCAGCCGCCCCGCGCGCUCUACGCGGCGGCCCUCGCGCUGGCCGAGGCGGCCGGCCGGGCUCUCGAAGCGCCCCCGAACAUGGUGGACGUCAUCUUCGAUGCGAUCGACGACGAGAGCGAACUGGCUCACGUGCUGGGCGCCGUCGACGAGCUCGAAUGCGGGUCCGGCGCUUCGGAUCUGAGCCGCGAAGCGUGCGUCAGAAGCGACUUCGCUAUAUUGAAGAAGAUUUCGACCGUCGACGAGGACGCGUUCGGCGAUUGCAGUCUUUUGAACGAAGCGUUCGUUUUUAUAACUCGAAACGUCGAGACGUUAGUUGAAUUCAAAUUGGAGGAUAUCGUGACGUUUCUCUGCCGAGUCGUCGAAUCGACACCCGUCGACAUCGUCUGGGCGGUGAAAGAGAAACUCUCGACGUGUCUCCGAGCGCUCGGGUUCAUCGCGGGCGGCGUCCCGCGGCGGCUCGCAGACCGCCUAGAGGAGCGGAUAGACCGCAUGCCGCUGGACGACAUCGCGGCGGGGCUGGAGGCGGGCUCGCCGAGCGCGGCGCACGAGAGCGCCGUGAGCGCGCUGCGCGGGCUGCUGGAGGCGUUCGGGCUGCGCGGGGCGGGCGCGCGCGGCGCGGGCCGGGCGGGGCGCGCGGCGCCGCGCUGGCUGGCGCUGGCGGCCGCGGCGCCCGCGCGCCCCGCCGCGCCCGCGCUCGCCGACCUGGCGCACGUCGCGCUGCGCUUCAUGUCCUCCGAACAACUGACCGCUCUCCUGGAAGACACGUACGGCAGGGGGAGCGGGGCGGAGCGCGAGCUGCCCGGCGCCGUGCUGGCCGCGUGCGUGCUGGCCGGGCCCGCGCCGCGCCGCCUGCCGCCCGCCGCGCUGCCCGACCUCGUGCUGCACGCCGCCGCCGCCGCCCAUACUCACUGUGACCAACAGACAAUCUUACAUUUCAUCGAGCAGGUAUGGCCGACGUUCGAGCUCGACAGCACAUUUGACCAGCGACACAUAGUUGUGGCGGGUGCGGGCGGUGCGGGGGGAGCGGGCGCGGGGAGCGCGGCGCUGCGCUGGGCCGCGCGCGCCGCGGCGGACCCCGACACGCCGCUGCAGCACCGCCUCCUGCUGCUGCAGUACGUGCCCGAGGGGGAAUCCUACGAGCACAGCAGCGGCGCGCGCGUGUCGGCGCUGGCGGGCGCGUGGGCGGCGCGGGCGCUGGGCGCGCUGCGCGUGCGGCCCCGCGCGCCCCACGAGCGGCAGGCUCGCCUCUGCCUGCUAGACUACGUGCGCGCCUUCACCCUCCUCACCCUCAUUUUCGACAAGGUGCCGCGGUCGCACUUGGAGAGCCCGCAGUCGCCGCUGCACGCCGCGCUGGAGGAGCGGCCGCGGGAACCCUUCGAGCUGCCGCGCUCCGUCGCCAAGCUGUGCGUCGCACUGCGCGACCAAGCGCCGCGGAACGACGGCCUCGUCGAGAUGACGAGAGUGUUCCACAUCGCGAGCCUGCGCUGCCUGCUGGCGGCGCUGCGUGCGCGCGGCGGGCCGGCGGGCCUGCUGCGGGCCGCGCUGUGCGAGCGCGUGUGGGCGCGCCUCGUGCCCGCCGCGCCCUACCGCCUGCCGCAGCCGCACUGGAACAGAGAGCCUGCAGAUACGAAGAAAGCGCGUGAAGUUAUGUCGACGAAUGCGAGCGGCACGGGUGGGCUGAGCGGGCCGAGCGGGCUGAGCGGGCUGAGCGGGCUGAGCGGGGCGGGCGGGCUGAGCGGGCCGAGCGGGGCGGGCGGCGCGAGCGACGCGCUCCGCUCGCGUUUGUUUCUCACCACGCUGUCCGAAAAUCCGCUUCUCUACGACCUGCACGACGAACGCGACGAGUUCCGAUAA